AUUGGUCUUUCAUGCCGUCUAGUACACGGGCUGUAACACUGCCCUACUUCCCACUGGACUGCUGGAUUCCUGCACAGUGCACACGGCUCUUUCGGCGCACUGGCUGGUCAUGGCGUUGCGGACUGUCCGAAACUUACCCUGUUUUUUAAGUGUACUCGGCGUGUUGCUCCUCAGCAGUGGCCCAUACUGUGUCUUGUCAUGUCCGAGCCGCUGUUUGUGUUUCCGAACCACUGUCAGAUGUAUGCAUCUAAACCUGGAAUCAGUACCAGCUGUUCUUCCCCAGACAACAAUCCUAGAUCUGAGAUUCAACAAAAUCAAGGAUUUACAGCCAGGAUCCUUCAGACGAUUAAAAAACCUCAAUACACUGCUUUUAAAUAACAACCACAUUAGAAGAAUCCCAAGAGGAGCCUUUGAAGAUUUGGAAAGCCUAAAAUAUCUCUAUUUGUACAAGAAUGAAAUCCAGGCGAUAGACCGAGAAGCUUUUAAGGGCCUUGUCUCUCUAGAACAACUAUACCUGCACUUCAACAACAUCGAGUCUUUGGAGCCGGAGUCUUUCUCUCAUCUUCCCAAGCUGGAGCGGCUGUUUCUGCACAACAACAGAAUUACUCAUCUUGCAUUAGGAACCUUCUCCCAGCUGCAGUCCAUGAAGAGACUGCGCCUCGACUCAAACUCACUGCACUGUGACUGUGAACUGCUGUGGUUAGCCGAUCUGUUGAAGCAGUACGCAGAGUCUGGUAACGCUCAAGCCGCGGCUACAUGCGACUAUCCAAGCCGCUUGCAUGGACGCUCGGUCGCAACUCUCACUGCAGAGGAGCUCAACUGUGAAGUUCCCCGGAUCACAUCUGAACCGCAGGAUGUGGACGUAACCUCUGGGAACACUGUGUACUUCACAUGCAGGGCAGAGGGCAACCCCAAACCUCAGAUCAUCUGGCUCAGAAACAACAAUGCUCUGAACAUGAGGGACGACACGCGUCUCAAUCUUCUGGAAGAUGGGACACUGAUGAUCCAGGACACGCGGGAGACAGACCAGGGCGUUUAUCAGUGCAUGGCCAGAAACGUGGCUGGAGAGGUGAAGACCUCAGAGGUCACCUUGCGAUACUUCAGAUCACCAGCUCGACCUAGUUUCGUGAUCCAGCCGCAGAAUACAGAGGUUCUGGUCGGGGAGAGUGUGACCCUGGAGUGCAGUGCGACGGGCCAGCCGCAGCCCCGCGUGACCUGGACCAAAGGAGACCACACGGCCCUCCCAGUGGACCCCCGCAUCAACAUCACUCCUUCAGGAGGUCUCUACAUCCAGAACGUCAAUCAGGCCGAUGGGGGACAGUACACCUGCUUCGCAAGUAACAAUGUGGACACCAUCCACGCCACUGCGUAUAUCAUAGUACAGGCUCGUCCUCAGUUCACAGUGACCCCUCAGGAUCAGUCCGUGCUGGAGGGUCAUACAGUUGACUUUCCCUGCGAGGCCAGCGGUUACCCUCAGCCUGUCAUAGCAUGGACUCGCGGCGGCAGCCCCCUGCCUAACGACAGACGGCACGUUGUUCUCUCAUCGGGCAGCUUGCGCAUCAGCCGCGUGGCCCUUCAUGACCAGGGCCAGUACGAGUGCCAGGCGGUCAGUCCUGUUGGCACUGUCAGAGCAGCUGUUCAUCUCAACAUCCUGCAAACCGUAAGGCCUGUUUUCACAAGCGCUCCAAGGGAUACGACUGUGGAGUCUGGAUCAGAUGUCCAGAUUCCGUGCAGCGCGCAGGGUGAACCCACACCUAUCAUCACAUGGAGCAAGGAUGGAGUCCAGAUUACAGAGAGUGGGAAGUUUCAUAUCAAUCCAGAUGGCUAUUUGGAAGUGCAAGACGUGGGGCUUGCCGAUGGGGGACGAUAUGAGUGUGUAGCCCGCAACUCCAUUGGAUAUUCCUCAUCUAGCAUGGUACUAACAGUACAAGUCCCCCAGGUGAGCAGGGAGGGUGAUCCGUUUGUCUCAACGUCCCUUGAAGAGGCCAUUCGGAGCAUAAACAGCGCAAUAGACUCCACCAGGAGGCAGCUCUUUGACGGAUCUCCUCGUACUCCUGCGGAGCUUCUGGCUCUGUUUCGUUACCCCCGGGACCCCUACACAGUGGAGCAGGCCAGAGCGGGAGAGAUUUUUGAGCAGACCCUCCUACUAAUCCAGAGGCAUGUAAACCAGGGCCUCAUGGUGGACACUAAUGGAACUGCCUACCGCUAUAAUGACUUGGUGUCACCACGUUUCCUGGAUAUGAUCGCUAACCUGUCUGGCUGCACGGCCCAUCGGCGCUUCAACAAUUGCUCGGAUAUCUGCUUCCACCAGAAGUAUCGCACCCAUGAUGGCACUUGCAACAACCUGCAGCACCCCAUGUGGGGCGCCUCACUCACUGCCUUCGAGCGAUUGCUAAAGCCUGUCUACGACAAUGGCUUUAAUCUCCCACGUGGUGCCACUGAGCGAAGGCAUAACAGCUUCACUCUGCCUCUUCCACGCCUGGUCUCCACUUCCAUGAUUGGGACGGAGACCAUCACCCCAGAUGAUCGCUACACACACAUGCUUAUGCAAUGGGGCCAGUUCCUUGACCACGACCUGGAUUCAACCGUUGUAUCCCUCAGCCAGUCUCGUUUCUCUGAUGGACAGUUGUGUACCUCGGUGUGCACCAAUGACCCACCUUGUUUUCCAAUCAUGUUCCCUCCUGACGAUCCACGGCAGCGGCACAACGGAGCACGUUGCAUGUUCUUUGUACGCUCUAGUCCUGUUUGCGGCAGUGGAAUGACCUCUCUGCUUAUGAACUCUGUGUAUCCACGCGAGCAGAUGAACCAGCUCACCUCCUACAUUGAUGCCUCCAAUGUUUACGGCAGCUCGCAGCACGAGGCAGAAGAGAUCCGUGACUUGGCCAGCCAUCGGGGCAUGUUGCGGCAGGGCAUUGUGCAACGCACUGGCAAGCCAUUGCUUCCAUUUGCAACUGGCCCACCAACAGAGUGCAUGCGGGACGAAAACGAAAGUCCCAUUCCUUGCUUCCUAGCUGGGGACCAUCGUGCCAAUGAGCAACUUGGGUUGACAGCUAUGCACACGGUUUGGUUCCGUGAACAUAACCGCAUAGCCAGCGAGUUGCUACGUCUCAAUCCCCAUUGGGAUGGCGACACCAUUUACCAUGAGACACGGAAGAUAGUCGGAGCCCAAAUGCAGCAUAUAACCUACAGCCAUUGGUUGCCCAAAAUACUGGGCGAGGCUGGCAUGCGGCUAAUGGGUGACUAUAAUGGCUAUAAUCCCAAUAUUAAUGCUGGCAUCCUCAAUGCUUUUGCCACUGCUGCCUUCCGCUUUGGCCAUACACUCAUUAACCCCAUUCUGUACCGGCUCGACGAAAACUUUCAGCCCAUCCAGCAAGGACACAUUUUGCUGCAUAAGGCUUUUUUCUCACCCUUCCGUAUUGUGAACGAAGGAGGCAUCGAUCCUCUGCUCCGUGGCUUGUUUGGAGUGGCGGGAAAAAUGCGAGUGUCCACUCAACUGCUUAACAGUGAACUUACCGAACGCCUUUUCUCGAUGGCGCACGCCGUGGCACUUGACCUUGCUGCCAUGAAUAUCCAAAGGGGACGUGAUCACGGUAUACCACCUUACAAUGACUACAGGGUGUUCUGCAACCUGACAUCCGCACAGACGUUUGAUGAUUUAAGGAAUGAGAUUCAGAACCCCAGCGUGCGAGAAAAGCUUCAAAGGCUCUAUGGCACACCUCAGAAUAUUGACCUGUUUCCUGCUCUGAUGGCUGAAGAGCUGGUGCCUGGCAGCAGACUGGGACCAACCCUCAUGUGUUUACUGGCAACCCAGUUCAAGCGUCUCAGAGAUGGUGACCGGUUUUGGUAUGAGAACCCUGGCUCCUUUAGCCCUGCUCAGUUAACUCAGCUGAAGCAGACGUCUCUCGCUCGGGUGCUGUGUGACAAUAGUGACAACAUCACCCGAAUUCAGUCAGAUGUCUUUAGCGUGGCUGAAUUCCCUCAUGGUUAUGGAAGCUGUGAUGAUGUACCUAAGAUUGACCUACGUAUGUGGCAGGACUGCUGUGAAGACUGCCGCACUAAAGGUCAGUUCAAUGCCCUGUCGUACCACUUCAGAGGCCGCAGGUCAGCGGAGCACAGCUAUGCAGAGGACAAACCUGCCACUAACCUCACCGACAACAGCAGCGCUUUGGAAGAAGCUCGAACUGCAGUUAACAUAACUGUGUCACCAAAGUCAAGCACUGAACCCUCCGUUAAGGAUUUCCAAGACUUUGUUGCUGACAUGCAGAAAACUAUCACAAGUUUACGAAAACAGAUAAAAAGACUUGAAGGCCGUCUGAGCAGGACAGACUGUGCAGAUGAGGACGGGAGAGAGCGAGUAGAUGGAGAGCGUUGGAAGAAGAACCCCUGCACCAGCUGUCAGUGUCAUGAGGCCCAGGUGACGUGUUUUGUGGAAAAGUGUCCGCCGGCAGCAUGUCUGAAGCCAGUGACGCCAAAAGGCUCUUGCUGCCCCGUGUGCCUCAACCAGCCAUCACAACCGCAGGAUAACGAGCGCCACGUAUAACCUCAGCACACUUAACCAAUGUGACCUUGAGCUCAUGCCUCCAUUUGUUCCAUAGUUGCGUAUCAGGGUUUUUUGUUGUUUGUCACGUAUUGAUAUUUUUGUUUGCAUAUCCUCAGAUGCCCUAAACAAAGAAACAAAAAUACACUACCUUAAAAAGUAUUUGAACAGAUGAAUGUUGGGGCCCUGUUUUCCCCCUAAGGCAUGUUAACCGGGAGACAACCACCAGAAGUGUCCAUUUACGAGAUGGGCAGCUCCGGUCCUGGAGGGACACUUUCCUGCAGAGUUCAGCUCGAUCACUAAUCAAACACACCAAACCAAAGUCUUCAGGAUUACUUGAAAAUUGCAGUCAGUUGCAUAAAAAAAGCAUAUAUAUAUAUAUAUAUAUAUAUAUAUAUAUAUAUAUAUAUAUAUAUAUAUAUAUAUAUAUAUAUAUAUAUAUAUAUAAGCUUAAAUUUGAGAUUUACUCAUUUAAAUUGCAUAUAACAUUUCUGUCGUUUUGGACUGCACAGUUUUCACUAAGUGGUAGUGAGUCAGUGCGAUACAUAUUUUCACCAUUAACAGAUUUAUGCUUAUUCUGAACAAUGCAUUUUGCAAAUGUUAAUAUUUAGAUCAAAUCAAAUAGAUGCAAGAGUUAAAAAAUAUCUCUGGCAUCACAGUUUAUUAGAUGGUAAAACUGUAGAAAACAACUGGAUGGAAUUUUUAUAUGCAGUUCAAAUGCAGAAAUCCUAAACGUAAGCCUAAAGAGUUUGUUUGACUGUGGACGCAGCUGAACUCUGCAGGACGAUGCCUCAUUUCCGGUUGCUUUACAGUAGAAGCAUUCUCAGGUUUUUGAGAUGCUGCAGAACUGGUGCUAUCUUACUCCAUUUAAAUGAUUUACCCAAGUCUUAAGAGUGUUAUUUUAUGCAUUUAAAUGUUUUGCAAGAUGCAAUGCAUCAUACAGUAUAUACACUCAUUAUGUGCUUUUUAAAACUACACUUGAGCGAAAACCCUUCGUUUUGUAGUUACGCAAAAAAAAAUUUUUAAACUUUAAUCAUACUUUUACUUUGUUUAUGGUUCAUAGUAUCAUAUUCUGGACAUAUGUAGAAUAUAUUAGUACCCGCUUUUUUAUCUUCCUCUCACGUGGGAAAAAAUGUGAAUACCUUGAAAUCAAUCUUUGCAAUGGGGAAAAAAACUCUACUGAUCACCAAAUGUUUGUUUCCCUUGGCAACUGCGGGUUUUCUGAGACCUGGUGUUCUUUGCUUUAUCUUGACAGAAAGCUGUUCUAGAUGUUUUUGGUUUGGGUGUGACGGAGGUGAAGUGUUUGGGACGUGCAGCACUGAGCUGACGUCAGGCUCUCGUUUCGGCUGUUACUGUACUUUUCUAUAAUGCUCUGUUCUACCGGCCCAGUAUUUAUAUUCUUGUCAUGAAUGAAGUUCCAGAUGUUUCCUCCCUUUUCAGACCGUGUUCAGAGAGAUGUAAACAGUUGUGCCUCAUCACAAUACAUCAACUGAAAAGCACACACUACUCUCUCAGCAUCCAGGGUUCCAUUAUAUUCAUAUUCAUUCACUUUUAUCCAGCAGAAGAGCAAUAUUUGAGAUGAGAAUUGCAUUUAUGUUCUGAUUCCAUUAACUAUACGUUUUAGUGCUUUUAAGGAAUCACUAAAUAAUGUUGUACCAUUUGAACUGAAUAAGAGUCAUUUGUUUGCGAGUCAUUUGUUACACUGCUCAUGCUGUAUGUUUGUUACUGUGCAGCCAGCAGGAAGUUCACAAUGUUAUUCGUGCGUUUGCCAUGUGUUUUUUUCCUUCUUUUUUUUACCCAGUACCCAGUGUUUGUCAUGUUCAGUUUAGACUGAAGACUCAAGAUUUACUUUGAUGCUGUGGAAAAUCUUGUUUAGUCACUUAGUUUGAUGUUCUAAUCAUAUCAGUAGAAGUGUAUUGAGCAUAAAGAACCAUUGUUGGAAUCGGAACAUAAUGAAAAUCAUACAUAUACACAUACUGCUGAUCAAAAGUUCGGAAUAUUAAAAUAAAUAAAUAUUAUUAUUAUUAUUUAGUUUAUUUUAAUCAGAGAGGCUGCAUUUAUUUGAUCAAAAUACAGAAAAUAAAGGAAUAUUUUGAAACUUAAUUUCAAUUAAAAUAACUAUUUUCUAUUUUCUAAGCUGCAUUCUUAGCAUCAUUCAGUUUUUAGUGAAACAUUUUUCACUUUUUCUCAUUGUUUUUUUGUAGAAACUGUGAUGCAUUUUCUUUUAAGAUUCUUUGAUGAAUAGAAAUAGCAAUUAUUUUAAAUAAAAUAUUUUGUCACAUCAGUUUAAUGCAUCCUUGUUGAAUUAAAGUAUUAAUGGUAAAACUUUUGAAUAGUAAUGUAUAACAUUUUCCCACAAAAAAAUAAAUAAAUAAAAAUAUGCAACAACACAACUAUUAUCAAUAUUGAUAAUUUAAGAAUUAAAUAAAGAAGUAAUAAUUCAAAAUUCAGCUUUGAAUCACGGAUGAAUUCUUUUUGAACUAUUCAAACAGAAAAUGCUUCUUUUAACCUGUAAUGACAUUUCACAAUAUUAAUGUUUUUACUGUAAUUCUGAUCAGAUAAAUCUAGACUUGGUGAGCAGAAGAGACUACCUUCAAAGGCUUUAAAAUCAUAUGUAUUCCAAACUUUUGACCAGUAGUGUAUAAUAUAUGUAUUAUUAUUAUUAUUAUUAUUAUUAUUAUUAUUAUUAUUAUUAUUAUUAUUAUUAUUAUUAUUAUUAUUAUUGUCAGUAUUAUUUAAAUAGGAACUGGUCCUGAAUUCCCAACCCUGGGAAUUCUACAACUCUUCUUUUGCUGAAUGUGACAUUUCCCCAACACACCUUGUACCAAAGACCAAACACGUGUAUGUGUUGUUUCGUGCACUGGUAAGACGUCUGAGCUGUGGUGUGUUUUAGUUGUUUUGGAGUCCGACUCCUCGAGUCUCACUGAAAUUGAAAGCCAUAUCCUGAGCUGGAGAGCUGCUCCUCUCUAAACAUUCCAGUGUAUCCUGAUGAAACGCCAUCGAGGCACCAUUACAUCCAGUCUGCUUGGACGCUUGCAGUCGUGCUGGUUAGUGAUUGGGAAAGCUACUGCUAUUGUGUUAAGCGCAGCUGAAUUUUUGCCUGUUAUUUUUCUUUUUUUACCAUUUGUGACUGCAUUCAACUCUCUUAUCUCUAUUGUAUGACUCUAUAUCAGUGUUUUAUUACUCCCAAAUGUCCUUCCUUCCUUCCUAAAUGAUCUAACAACCUCUUGAAGAUCUUCCCCCAAACCAAACUGUGCACACAUUGCCAUGGACAUGCACUGCCCUGCGAGACUGAACAUGCUCAAGUGGUCAAAAUGAUUCUUAUAUUUUGUAUUGUAUUUUUGCCAAAGACUGUUUGCACUGCAACGUAUGCCUUUCAACAAUAAAAUGGCCACAUAAGACACA